AUGGACCUAUAGUUGAUUUUAUAGAUUUUUAUAAAAAUUGUAUAGAAAAAUUUCAAAGAAAACGGUCUUCUGAUAAUGAUAAAAUAAAAAAAUUAGAAAAUCAGAUUAAUAAGAUUAGCGAUACAGAAAAUGAAUUUCAAAACAUGGUAAAUCAGAUGUAUAAUUAG